CUUUUGAUUAAAAGCAAGAGCCGACAUUACCGAAUGGGGGUGCCAACGCUGCAAAGCGCCUAUCAAGGAGUAUAUAUGAACCCUCAACAUCAUGCCGUCCCGUGUCGAUCAGAGGGUUUGCGUGCCGUCCGCAGCAGCGCAUUACCAUUGUUGUCUGAAAGACGAAGAAGCAAGAAAAGGCAAAAAGCCCAACUAGCGCGGGUUCAUGAACCACCCUUUUCAAAAACUUUGAGCAGACUUCGUCCACUACAACAAUGCGCACUGCAGUGACGGCUAUCGCCAUGGUGGCCUGGGCGGCUCUCAGCGUCCAGGCUGUGCCGUCGGCCAAGAACUUCAUCUACAUCGUUCCAGAUGGCUUCGGUCCGGCGUCGCAGACCAUGGCCAGGGACUACGUGUCGCUCAUCCAGAACGGCGAGAACCCGGACCGGCCGGUUGGGUUCCAGCUUCCGGGUGACAAGAUGGUUCUGGGCAACGUGCGGACGCACGCCAGUGACAACUUGGUCACCGACUCGGCGGCCUCGGGGACUGCGUUUGCCUGCGGCGUCAAGACUUAUAACGCAGCUAUCGGUGUCAACGAUGCUGUCGAGCCUGUGGGUUCGAUCCUGGAGGCAGCGCAUCUCUCAGGCAUGAAGACUGGACUGGUCGUCACCAGCACGAUCAACCACGCCACGCCAGCUUCCUACUCCGCUCAUGUUGCCCACAGAGACAUGUAUGAAGAUAUCGCCAAGCAUCAAAUCGGAUAUAACCACCCAUUCGGUCCCUUUGUGGACAUUUUGAUGGGCGGUGGUAGGUGCUACUACAAGCCGCAAGGAGAGAGCGGCUCCUGCAGGUCCGAUGAUGCAGACCUAUUCGGGUUUGCACAGGAGAACGGCUACCACGUGAUGCAGAACCGCACAGCAUUCGACGCCCUGGACAAAGGCCUCGGGGACACGAAUCUGCCGUUCAUCGGACUGUUCAACGACGGACAGAUGAUGUACGAGAUUGACAGGUCGCGCAACCCAACCCAAGAGCCUUCUCUUCUGGAGAUGGCUGAGACGGCCAUCAGCGCUCUAGACAGGGCGACGAGCUCCGGCGACAAGGGCUACUUCCUCAUGAUCGAGGCGUCACGCAUCGACCACGCGGGCCACGCCAACGACCCUGCAUCGCACCUGUUCGACAUCAUCAUGUACAACGAGGUGCUCGAGUACGUGCAAAAGUGGAUCGACGAACACCCAGACACGAUGCUCAUGUCGGCGGCGGACCACGAAUGCGGCGCCCUGACGCUGGCGGGGUACAACCCACUGCCGAUGAAGGCGGCCACGGCGUCGACUGAGGAGCUGGUCAGACAGUACAAUGCCUUUUCCGGCUCUGACGCCGACAAGCGGGCCUUCUUCCGGUCCGAAAUCCUGCCUGCGUAUGGACUGGCCGACGCCACGGAUUCCGAGGUCAACACGCUGCUGUCUUCAGGAAACCUGGGCUCCGAGAUGGGCAACCUGCUCGCGUCGCGGGCGGGCAUCCAUUGGCAGUCUGGUGGACACUCGGCGGUCGACGUCGUUUUGUACGGAUACGCGUCCAGCGACAAGCUGGGCGAAUACAAGGCCAGCAUGGCGGGUAAUCAUGACAACACGGCGCUGCCCAAGUUUGUCGAGCAGGUUCUGGGUGUCGAUAUGUCGGCGGCGACCGAGUUGAUCCGUACAAACGCCACCGAGGGCUGGAUGGGGACGCCACCGGACAACUUUAGGACGAACAACCAUGUGCACGCGCAUGGUGACCACGAACCCACACACCAGAUGCUGCCUCUGUUCCGUUAAUAUGUAAAAGAAAGAUGAAGGUUUUGGAUAUGUUUGGGUGAGAGGUCAACAGCAAUUGAUGGAAACAAACAAACAAACGUCCACAAGUAAGAAACCUCCGAUUUGUCCAUUCCAUAGUGAUAAAAAUAGAAGCGAUGCUAUUGGUGCAGUCUUGACAAGUUGGAGCACACCACAACUUCAC